AUGAACCAAUAUCGCUUCAACUUAGAUACUGCCCCAACUAGGGAACAGUUAGGGGCUUUGCAAAAGGUGAAUGAUGAAACCUUUAAGCAGUAUGCCCAGAGAUGGAGAGCUCUUGCUGCACAAGUCCAACCUCCGCUGACACUGUCUGAAAUGUGCUCUUAUUUUCUAGGGACUUUAGGAGCUCCAUAUGUUGGAACGAUGGCCGGCGCUGCGUAUCGUGACUUUGCUGAUCUCAUAGCGGCAGGGGAACGAAUUGAGAUAUUGGCCAAGGCUGGAAAGCUGCCAAUGGACUACAGGCAGAGUAGCCCUCCUAAAAAAGGGUUGCAAUCCAAGAAACGAGAAUCUGAAGUAAAUCAUGUCAAACAACAACAAUUUUUUGUUCCUCAAUACCCCAUGCCAAACCCAGUCCACCAAAUACUAUCGUACCAUCCUACCCCGUAUCCCUCUUACCAGACCCCCACAUUCUCUCAGCCGCCGCCACAAAACUUCCCAAAUUUAAGCACUACGCCCACCCCACAUUUUCGUGUAAAUAACAUACCUACCCCAUCACCAUAUGUGCCAACUCGUCCGUCUUAUGCUCCUCGUCCCCCCACACGUCCACAGUAUCGUCCAAAUUACACUCAACCACAGCAAAACUCCCAAAACCAAACCCCUUUUCGUCCCCAAAAUCUUCCACCAUUUCCAAGGCUGUCUAUCUCCAAUACGGAUUUAUUCCAACGUCUGUUUGAUGCUCAUUUGAUCUCGGAAAACCCUGUGCGCCCAAUGCAACCUCCGUUCCCAGCAUGGUAUAAUCCAAAUUCUACUUGUAGAUAUCAUAUGGGAGUGGCAGGACAUUCCAUUGAAGAUUGUGAGGCCUUCAAAACAGCAGUAAGAAAGUUGAUUGCUUGCGGAAGAUUGGAUAUCCAAGAAGAGACUGGGCCUAAUAUUGUCAAUAACCCCAUCCCGAGUCAUGAAGGAAAGAAUCAGGUGAAUGCUAUAGAAACAGAGGAUACCGUGAUAAAGAAAGUUCUGAGUCUGCGUACACCCAUGUCGGGUAUAUGGGAGUGUUUAAAGAAAGCUGGUUAUGACAUCACGGUGCCAGGGCGUUUCAUGAAGGAUGAUGAAAAAUACGAUGAUGAGUCAAGUUGUGCGUACCACAAUGGACACACAGGACAUGAUAUUGAAAACUGCUGGGAUUUCAAAGUCCGAAUCCAAGGCUUGAUCGCAUUGGGUAUCAUACAGGCCAGGCGAAAGAAUGCUUUUCCUGAAGAGGUUAAUAUAGUAGAACGCUUUGUACUUCGGGUGCCACCUAUUAACAAGCAUCCUGUGCCUGAGAAAAUGGUCAUGAAAGUGAAGAAACCAACGCCUUUUUCUUAUAAUGAUACUCAUGCAGUACCGUGGAACUACGAGACAAGUGUUGAAGAAAUUGGAAACACCUCGAGAGCCAAUGUUGAUGAUACUCGCUCGGUGGAAGAAUCAAUGAACACAAUGAGAGUGGGGGAAGUCACGAGAAGCGGGAGAUUCUAUUGCCCGAAAGAACUAGAAAUGAAGAAAAAUGGAAAGGAAGAAGGAGGUGAAGGAAUCAUCAACAAUGAAAAGAAAGAAGGAAAAGAGGAAGAUGAGCUCUUAAAGAUCAUGAAGCAAAGUGAAUACGAUGUGAUGGAACAGUUGAAGAAAACUCCAGCUAGGAUAUCACUUCUGUCACUAAUCCUCUCAUCGGAAUCUCAUCGAAAGGCGCUCAUGAAUAUGUUGAGUGAGGCUUAUGUCAAGUCAGAUGUUACUCCUGAAAACGUGGUCAACAUGGUAGAUCCAGUGAAACAUGUUAACAUGAUCACAUUCUCAAAUGAUGAAGUUGUCUGUUCAUCGGAGAAAACCUCGAAAGCUCUGCAUAUAACGCUGAAAUGUAAAGGGUAUAUUAUAGCCAAGGUUUUGAUUGACGGAGGAUCAGCACUAAAUGUCCUACCACUGUCAACUUUGUCUCAGCUAUCGAUGAGCACGAAUGAUUUAACCCCUCAAGAGAUGAUUGUGCGAGCUUUUGAUGGUACAAAGAGAGGAAUCCUAGGGGAGAUAGUUUUACCCUUAGAGAUAGGCCCGAGUAAUUUUCAGGUUUUAUUCCAAGCCAUGGAUAUCGAACCUGCCUAUACCAUGCUCCUGGGUAGACCUUGGAUCCAUGCAGCAGGUGCUGUGCCUUCUACCCUGCAUCAAAAGGUCAAAUAUAUCGAGAAUGAGUUGAUUGUCACCAUCCAUGGAGAAGAAGAAAUCAUGGUUUCUAAACCGGUCUCGGUGCCGUAUGUUGAAGACACAGAUCCCAUAGAAGGAAAUGGGUGGCAUAGUUUUGAAGUUGUUGAAUCUAGUUGCAAAAAAGAUGAAUCACUGGGGCAAGGUGUGAAUGAGAUAAUCGCUCGAAUUAUGGCCAAGAGUGGAUAUAAGGUGGGUAAAGGUUUGGGCUCGCAGCUGCAAGGUAGCCGAUCACCUAUAAUGGUUCCAGAAAAAUCAAAUAAAUUUGGUUUAGGGUAUGAAGGGUCGUUUGAGGAAAAAGUUGAGAGAAAAAGAGGCAACAAGGGCAAGACGCAACAAAUUCCCCAUCUAAGAGAAACAUUCCCGGUGCCAGCAGAGGUUAUUAUGCCUGAAGAGGUCGUUCAUCUCCCACAUAUCAAUGCACUGGAUGAUGAAGACCUAGAAGGAUGCAGCACGAUUCGUCUGUCCACUAAUGAUGGAGCAUUGAAGAAUUGGCAGACAGAGCCAGUUAUUGAUGUGAUUGCUAUGAAGUAA